UCAGCCCGUCAGAGGCCGCUGAGGAGGGAGGGAGGUUCGCCGCCUCAGUUUGGCCUGGCGGAGACUUUCCCUCGAGCCGUUCUCCUUCGCGGCGGCGGCGGCGGCGAUGAGCGAGCGGCUGCUCCUGGCGCCUGCGAAGCGGAGAAGAGGGCGAAGCAGCUGUCGGACCUCCUUGGCCUGCCUGCGGCGGCCCCUCCUCCUCCUCCUCCAGGUGUUGUUAUUCCCCUCGCCGCCUUAAAGACGCCGGGCGAUGUGGAGCUCCGGGGCCGCCGCCUUGCAGCUGCUCUCGCGGGCGACCAAGCAAGCCUUUGCCCAGGGAGCCCGGCAAGACCUGAGCCGGUGGCUGCCUCGGCUGGGUGGCGGCGCCGGAGGGGCGGGAGCCGCCGGCACCUCCUCCUCCUCCUCCUCGGAAGGGCUUCUCUUCGGGGAGCAGAAUGGGCUCCACCAUUACCCGCCGCCUCCUUCCCACCAGGAGCCGUCGGUGGAGAUUCUGCUGUGCCAGCUGCCCGAGGCCGGGCCCGGCUUGGGCGAGGGCAGGACCGGGUGGCGCUGCUCGGGCUGCUUGCUGGGCACCUGCUGGUGCAAGAGUUGCCUCAGCGUCUGCUUGUUGGCGGCGCUCUGCUUCGCCUCGCUCGCCUUGGUGCGCCAGUACCUGCGGGACUUGAUGCUCUGGGCCGAGAGCUUGGACAGUUUGGCGGGCGUGCUCCUCUUCACGGUGGGCUUCAUCGUGGUGUCUUUCCCUUGCGGCUGGGGCUACAUUCUCCUCAACGUGGCCGCCGGCUACCUCUACGGUUUCGUGCUGGGCAUGGGCCUCAUGGUGCUGGGAGUCCUCAUCGGCACCUUCAUCUCCCACGUCGUCUGCAAGAAGCUGCUGGCCCGAUGGGUGCUGGCCAGGAUUCAGGGCAGCGAGAAGCUCAGCGCUGUCAUUCGCGUGGUGGAGGGAAGAAGCGGCCUCAAGGUGGUGGCCCUGGCCAGGCUCACCCCUAUACCUUUCGGGCUCCAAAACGCAGUCUUCUCUAUCACAGAUCUUUCACUACCAAACUACCUGAUGGCUUCUUCCAUUGGAUUGCUUCCAACUCAGCUCUUAAAUUCCUACUUGGGGACAACGUUGCGAACUAUGGAGGAUGUUAUUGCAGAACAAAGUGUUAGUGGCUAUUUCAUUUUUAGUUUACAGAUUAUAAUAAGUAUAGGCCUCAUGUUCUAUGUUGUCCACCGGGCUCAAGUGGAAUUGAAUGCAGCUAUAGUUGCAUGUGAAAUGGAAAUGAAGACAUCGCUUGUUCAGAGCAGUCAACCGAACAACAGCAACUCAGCAUUUUGCAACAAGAGGACGCUUGCAUUUUCAGGAGGAGGAAUCAACAUUGUAUGAUCUCCUUUUCCUUUCAGAAGUAUUAUAUUAAAAUUCUGUGAACCUAAAAGUCUAGCUAUUGACAGACAUUUUUCUGGACAUUUCAGCAAGACUUCAGUCCCAAACAGCUGGAUGACAUACUAUAGUACAAAUCACCCUGGUCGUUUUAAGUUGCGAAAUGGGUGACUUUUGUAAAGAUCAGUCAAUGGCUAAAUAAUUUUAAAUGUAGAUGAAAGUCUGGCUGCACCUUUCAACAUUAUUAUUAUAAUUGUCAUGGCCUGUAGUCUGCACUUUAGGUUUUGUUUUGUGUUUGCCUCUACAGACAGAUAAAAAUAUUCUAAAAGCAAAUAUUUUUUUCUGCGUAGCAUUAUUUAUAAGGCUAACUAAUAAUAUACAGUAGAUCUUUAAUACUGAGGAACAAGUGUAAUGUAUGCAAAUUCAUGUGCAAGUACUCUUGAAUGUGCUUAGCUUUCAAAAUUUCCAGAAAGAUGUAUUCUCCCUUCAAAAUUAGGGAGGCAUCCAGUACAGAGAAAGUCCCACUUGUAAGGCAGGGGAGGAAAAACAAGCACUUCCUGAGGAGGAGGGAUAUCUCUCUGUAUUUAAUCAUCUUCCUGUCUGUGACAGGUUAGAGGGUUUCCCUGUGGCACGGGGGCGGAGGGUGGGGUGGGAAAUUGCUAAAAAUGAAAGGGGAGUUUUUGCUACUUUGGGAAUCAUUUGACUUGCUUACUGUUUUUUUUAAUUUAGGGUGGGGUGAGGAGGGGAAACACCAUAUGUAUAUCUUUGGUUGAAUGUAUUUUUGUAAGCCACUGAAAUGUGGAGCAAUUCUUAAUUUUUCACAUGUAUUUAAAUCCUACUUUGUUGGGACUAAAGUGCUCUUAUAUAACAUUUUAAGUUACACUGUGUAAUAUGCAAAGUAAAAGGGAAACUGCAGAGUACUUAAAUAGAUUGUGGCAAACAGUGGUCUGGUGGAGACCUUACAGGUGAAGUGCAAGUUUUUGACUUGACUUUAUCAUCUUUGUGAGUAACAAAAGGGCUCUUCCAUUAUAAUUCUAUAAUUCAGAAAACCUUUUGAGGGGUCUAGACCCACUUCUCUUUGUAAGAAUUAUAAAAUAGGAGGAGUAAACCCUCUCUGAAAAUAUGAUGGUACUAAUAAAUCAUGUGGCCUUUAUUUUAUAGGGAAGACCUUUUGGUUUUUCUUUUGAUAAAAGCUUUAAAAUCAACACAGUUCCUCCCUAAUACACAUUUCUCUGAUCAUGAACAGAUGCUCUUGAUGUAUGUGUUUUGCGUAGUACUCCUGAGACUUGUACCAAUGGAGUGUUGUGAAGACCGUAUCUGUCCCUUUUUCUUUGCACAUAUGUUGAAGAUUUGCAAAAAAGACAGGUUUUCCAUCUUUAAAAAAAUGACAAGAAAAGGGCAGAAAUGUCUGAGGCUCAGGAAUCAGUAUGCAUUUUUAAACAUAUUAUUUUAUGAUGGACUCUCUGCAGUUGCUUCUUUGUGGGUUCGAAUGGACUGGAAUAAAAGUGUAACUGUGCUUUGUGUGUGUCAGUACCAUACUUCUGUACAGAUAUGUGUUUGUAUUCCUGAGUUAGAAAAUAUAUUCUCCAAAAAUACUUUAUAGUAAUUGGAACCAGCACAAAACUACUUUGCAUUCAACCUUUUUUUUGUCUGCAGUCUUAAUUAGUUUCUGCUAAAAAAUAAAGUACACUUCUGACUCUUAUUACUCUGUGUUACUUAUUCCUCCCAUCAUAC